UCCACACCGUCACCGUGCCAAUUCAAACUGAUAAUUGCUCACUAUUCAGUACCUACAUGAAAGGUUAUCACUUAUUGUCUUAUUCCAUCAAUAUUUUGGUAGGCUAUCUUGAAGUUAAACUUUAAUCAACAUGCUUAUGUUGAAAUUUUAUUAUUUAAAAUCCCGCUGUAACUUGAAGUUUCCUGUUGCUGUCGCUAGAGGCGUUGCUGAACAACUUGACUUGUUUGGGUACGUAAAACGUAAACAAUGUAUUAAGCUACAUUUAAUGAACGAAUUAGCAAAACUUUCAGUUCAAUUAAUAACGAGAAAUUUCGCAGCAGUAGUUGCAAUCUAGGAGACUUGCAAAUUUCGUGCAGUACAUCAUGUUACACGUGUAUUCUUUGCAAGUUUACAGACGUUUUUACUCUUUAGGCAUGGCAACAGAAAAAUCAUGUUUUUUUAAGCAACGGUGAAAUGUGUCGCUAACAGUUUUCAACAACGAACACACCACGUUUGGUUCUUAUGACUAUUCAAAAGUCAGUUAUAGCGAAUGAACUUCGUGGGUUAUAAUCUGCUGUCAACAUUGUUUUUAACGCAGACAUCAGGCUCGUAGUUAGUUGUUAUUCUCAAAUGAAAAAGCCUGUAAAAUUUGGAAACCAUUAGGUACUCUGACAUUAAUUUCGACAUAUAUGAGGCAUUUCCGAUUCAUUGCUAACUCUGCUUCCGCACACUGCUCUUGAACACGAUGGUCGAAGAAACAAUUCCCAAUAAGCAUACACGUCGUCCAGGGAAUAGCUAUGUGUUCCAGGAUGGAGUCCAUCAUCGUUCUCAUAUAAGGAACCAUCCUGAAUGGAAUCGGAAUGUAACUAUCGGCGUUGUUUGCAGCAUCGUGUUCCUGAUUGCACUCAUCGUUAUUGGAGUUUUCUUUUUUAAUGAUUCUGCAGUGAGAAAAGAACAAGAAACAACACCGAGCUCUAAUGCAGUACCUCUGCGUUGCAUAGCAAACCGUACAACGGGUCAUACUUUCUUAGCAGAGGACUUGCAAAUUUCACCCAACUAUAGAUAUUAUUUCUAUGCCAGCAGAAUGUCCUUUUCGAAAGCUCAGCAGGUGUGUGGAUCCCUACCUGGUGGAGGUGGCAAUCUGUCGACCAUACAGUCUGAAAAACAAGAAAAACUGUUUAACAAGCGUAUCGAGGAUCUCUUUAAUCAGCUGUUUGCAGAUGACGAUAAUAUUUUCACUGGAUUCAGAAAGCAGUUGUGGACUGGUGGAUACAUAGACUUGGAGCUUGACGGAAUCAAUCGAAUGCGCUGGAUUGAUGACACCAGUGUAUCCGAAUGGCAUCAAAAUUUCUGCAAUCCCAAUCAGGCAAGUGAAAUUCUUCAAAUUUCAAUGAGCGAACUAAAAGAGAAAGGAGCAAUCACCAAUACUCUGAUUUACGUGGUCAAAGACUAUCGGUCAUCUAAGAAAAAAGGCUGCUGGCAACUAUACAGCUCACUGAUUUACGAAACAGAACAUCUCGAAUUUAAUUUUGUCUGCCAAGUUUCAACAACCAGUCUUCCUUUUAGGUUUGAACGUAAGGUCAUCGGAGAUUUUCGGCAGGAGGCAAACAACGAAGUAUUGGCAAACGAGUUUGCAAUUUUUUCCGGCCGAGCUUCCUACAGGGUUGCUGUUGAGACCUGUCAAAACUUCGCUCCUGGAGCUCAAAUGCUGUCCCCUGUUACGUUAGCACGUGAUACUGAGAUCAACAAGAUCGUAGAGCGUCAUUCCUUUGAGAUAUUCGGAGAAGACAAUGGGGACCCACAGAGACGAACACUUAUCUGGAGCGGCGGCUAUUUCAAUGUUUCAUCCGAGGAUCCAACCAAAGUUCACUGGGCAGAUGAUACAAAAACGCUAUUGGACAUUGAAGAGCUACAGAUUCGAACGCAUAUCGACCGUAACGCCAAUAAUGCGAGCGAGUACGAAAAUUUCUGCGGAACAAUCGAAUACUAUAAUGAAAUGAUUCGCGAGGCUAAACGUCAGGAAAGCGACGCCGCAAAGAACACAGGUUGUAUCAGAGAUCGUCUUUUUUUAAUCGUCAAAGACUUCCGUGAAGGACAAACUGUUCAAGGAUGCUGGCACAUUUACGAUUUUGAUUACCUAAAUCAGUAUGAUUACAAAUUAUACCUCAUCUGUCAACUGCCGGAUCUCGUAAGGAGAAUAGAUGAAGGCUACCAGAAUUGAAAAGAAUGUAGCUUGACUGAGCAAUGCAACAAGAGUCAUUACGGAACAUGCAAAGUGUGCAUAAUAAAUAAUGUCGACGUUCAUUACGAACACCAAAUCCAGUAUCGAAGUUGCCGCAGAGACGAAUAUGAUAGGCCUGGUGCAUGCCAUCACCCAAAAAGACGAAGGCCAAAUGGUUGCCUAGCCGAUGAAUUUAUAAGAGACGUUUGUGAUGAAUGCACUGGAAGGCACCAUCACCCACCACGGCAUUGCCAGUUUCCCGAGGAGUCACGAUUAAGUGAUUAUCAAUACGACGAUUAUGACCAAACGGUAGUUGUUCAACGUCAUAAAACGACUCGUAACCGGUGCGAUUAUCUCCAGGAUCCAGCCCCACCAGCUCCAUCAUUUCAGCAAUGCAUCACAAAAGAAAUUGUUCAUCGUUCAAACUGCGACUGCAAAAAUUGUACACAUGGCGUUGGAAGAACGGAAAGAAGGACUUCGCAGGGAUCUCAGGAACGUGUGCCGAUUACGAAAAGUGAAAAGGGUAAACCGGGUCGAAAGAUCUCGGUAGCUACCGGAGAUCACCACGGCAGAGCAUCACGAACUGUCGGGAACCCAGAACAAGCAGACGAGCGAAGAGCUUCAUAUGCAGACCAACCGUGGAGUACUGGAAAUGAUAACUCAAAUUCUUACCCAGAUUCAGGCGAUGCGCACAGCAAACCGACAAAUGAAAACGGAACUGGCGAAGAGGGAAAACAUGAAGACGAUAAUCCACCGGAAGAGGAUAAAGACCUUAAUCGUCACGAACCAGAAGAGGACCCAGAGUCUCAAACAUUGCAACCUCCUGAGGUUCCGGAAGAAGACAAAGACCUUAAUCGUCACGAACCAGAAGAAGACCCACCCUCUCAAACAUUGCAACCUCCUGAGGUUCCGGAAGAAGACGAAGACCUUAAUCGUCACGAACCAGAAGGUGACCCAGACUCUCAAACAUUGCAACCUCCUGAGGUUCCGGAAGAAGAAGUUGUAAUUGCUCAUGACAGCUCUGACGAACAAGAAACCCCAGAAGUAGAAGCUGGCGGAGACGAGAUGCCAUACGACUCGGCGUUGCCAGAUGAUUAUUCACCAAACCCAGAGGUAUCCCAAAAGAGAAGACCGUCAACCUUUGGUUCUAUUUUGGGCAAUAAGCUUUCGGACGCAGCUGGCAAAGCGGCAGAGAGGGGAAAGGGAGCGAUUGAUUCAUUUGCGGAUAAUUUGGACAACAAACGUCAAAAAGCCAUAGACACAGCAAUAAAUGCAACUAAGAAUAAAGCACAAGAUUUGAAAACUAAAGCGAAUGAAAAAUCUGAAAAACUAAAAAAGAACCUGAAGAAUAAAGUCGACGACGUAAAGCAACGUGCAAAGGCAAAAGCCGAACAAGUAAAUGACAAAAUUAAGAAGUGGGCAAAUUCACUGAAAAAGUCAUUUCCGAAAAUGAAGAAUCCAUUUAAAAAAAAAAAGUAAACGUUUACCUCGGUAUCUCAAAUUGAUAUAUAGGUACAAGCUUGCAUGUAAGUGACGGGAUGAUGAGCAACAUUGUCAUUUCUCAACUGCAUGUACCCGCCGGAAAGAGACCACUGCGAGAGCUGAUUGUCUUGCAGUGAUGGCAGAGUGUGCAGGUAGUUUUCACUUAUGACAGUGAUCAGCUACCUUUACGGGGUAUUUGAUACUUAAAUGAGCCGUCCAGUUCUGGAAGUGCGUGUACGGGGAAAUCAAACAAGGUGUA